AGCCACGGCCCAGGUUGUUGCUACGGAGCUGCAGGGCAUGCGUCAGCGUGUGGUCUCCGAGAGCGGGCGCUUGGACGAGGAGGUCGAACGCACGCGGCAGGAAGUGGCGCGGGAGGCGCAGGCCAUGCGCGAAUUGCGUCAGGCUGAAGGUGAGAGGGAUCGAAAGACAAAGGUGCUGGAACAACUGUCAAAUCAACUGCAGCAGGUUCAAGAAGAGAAGGCUUCAGUGAGCCACGGGUGCCGCCAAGAAGCCGUCACUGCGAUGGUCAUGGCGCUAGAGGCCCUGUGGCACCGCUGGCGUCGCAGCGCUUGGCAGCUGACGCUGCGACGAUGGCAGGAGGCUCUGCGGGCGCUGCAGCGCAAGGGGCAACGGAUUGCGGUGGCAAAGAAGAUCUCACUGCUGUCUAGCUGCCUACUUCUGUGGCGAGAAGUGGUCACAUCCUUGGUGGCAGAACGAGAAGCGGUCAAGCAUGUGGAAGAGCUCCAGCGUUUCCACCAGCGCUCCGUGCUGGCCGUGUCUUUCUGCCAGUUGCGCUGUGUGCGCCGUGCGUGGGUGGCCUGGGGAUUACACGUCCGAGAGGUUCAGGGGGAGAAAUCGGCCGCUACCUUGGCAGCGAAAACUUCAGCUUUCUUGGCAUCCUUGCCCAGCACAGACGCGGCUCCUGCGGAGGAAACCCCUUCUCCAACGCUGAUGGAUUGUGUGGAAGUGGAGGCGGAGACUUCGGCACCGGUGCCACGGCGGAGCCGCUCCUGUCCAAAAGUCCUGAUGGAGAUCGAGAAGCGCGCGGAGGAACGGCGGAAGUCCCAGGAGGAACGCAGCAAACAACGGAAGUUGAAGCAAGAUGCAAAGCAAGAGCUUCCGCUCCCCGGCCCGUCCUCACCACAUGGGGCGGAUGUCGUGACACCCCAGGGUGACAGCACAGAAGCUGCUGAAGGAGGAGGCAGCUCAGCGGCACCGCGGGCACCCAAACCUAAGGCCUUGGUGGAAAUGGAGAAGCGGGCAGUGCAGCGGCGCGAGGCACAUGAGCUGCGGAGGCAGCGCACGCAGCAGAAGGAGGAGGAGAAGCGACGUAGGUUGGCAGAAGAAGAGCAGAAGCAAAAGGAGGCGGAAGAGGUCGCCAAGCGCGAGCGGCUUCAGGCGCAAAGGGAGCGCCGGCGCGAGGAGCAACGCAUCAAGGCUCAAAAGCUGGUGGCUCAAGCCUUGCGUCGUGACAAGGAGCGCUCGGCACGUGAGUUGUACAUCCUCCAUCGGUACAUUCGCGUUUGGUGUGGCCUACGGCAGGAAGUGAGUCAAGCACAUUUCUUGGAUGUCAUGGCCUUCAAUCGCCGCGGCCAGCGCCUGCUGCGCUUCUGCUUCGCUGCGUGGCUCCGCUGCCGCCUGAAGCGCCGCAGCGCGCGCUUUGCGGCGCGCCUGGGGCGGGCGCACUUGGCGCUGUCUUGGCUUGCGCGGCGCCAUGCCUUCCGCUGCAUCGUUGCCGUGUUGCGCAUCUUCCUUCGGCAGCAGCGAAGGGUGGAGCGAGACUGUUGGACUCUGGUGGGUCAGUCACAGCUACGAACGGGCUUUAGCCUUUGGAUGUUCGCAGCAGAAGAGAGUGCUCGACAGAAACGAUUCGCUGCUCUUCAGCACUACGCGAAGCACUUGCUUCGGAUUUGCGUCAGAGGCUGGAAAGGUGCGCUGCAAGAACUGCGCUUGGAGGAUGCCCUGGAAAUGCACAAGCGUGCUCUGCGGCAGAAGGUCUCUGGCUGGUUGCAAGAAAUGGAAGAAUUCAGUGACAGGAAGGAUCUUGCAAGUGUUUGUGCAGAUUAUUUGAACCUUCCGCUGGCGACACAGGUUGCCAGUGCCAAAAAAAGUGGUGGGGUCAUGUGACUUGUGCCCUGCAGGACGUAGCCGCAUGCCAAAGGGAGACCAGAAA